AAUCUCUCAUACACUGGCGUUAGCAUGAAAAUCCUAAAAAUCAACCCAUCGGGCAGUCUCAACAUCCAAGUAUCAUCUAAAAAGAAAAUCAAAGAUAUCGUAUUAUGGGCAGAAUAUAGGGGAAAGUCCGAGAAGGAACAACACAUUGGUACGUUCAGGUCGAUCGUUGGGCAUGCUUACUUAGAAGGAUGUGAUGGGCCAUACAAUUCAACGAUCACUAACUAUAAAGAUCUUGAUAACACCUCACAAAUAAUAUAUGAAUGGGAUCCACCACCAGGUACAAAAGUAGUUCUUAAGCAUGGCCUGGCAUUCCUCGAAGGUGAAUCCGUCAAAUUUCACGUGUUCACGUUGGACAAACCAAUAUACAUCAAAGGAAGGUUCUCCCCUUUGGACACGUCUCUGACGGAUCCUUCUACAUUGUCGGAAGGAGAAAGUACGGAUACCGAAGUGUACGUUAGCUCGUUUGAUAGUCAGCCAACAUCAAGUUCGCAAAGCAGUAGGAGUUGGAAUGGAAGAGGAUUGACGGCGGCGAUAAGUUUUUUGAUAACAGGGAUGCUGAUCUUGUAG